AUGUCCGGACUGAAUGUCUCCCUUGCCUACAUGCUGUUGGUCACGGUACUGAGCGUGUCAGGGGGACUCUUGCUCAGGCUGCAGCCGCUGUGGAGCUUUUCCGUGGAGUUCCCAGCAUCUUUCAUGCUCGUGGCGAGCUGGCUGGAGGUUCAGACGCUGAUGGAGGUGGGCCAGUGGGCCGGGGGCUUUGGCCCGGACGUGAACGUCACCCUUCUUUUCCUCGUGCUGGUGAUACACGGCGUCAUCUCGCGGGGAGCAUCCGGAAACCCCUCGGUCACGCUGAUGAGAUUUUUGACGUGUGACGCUACCUGUGUGUCCGCCCUCUCCGGUCUCGCCGGUCAGUUUCUGGGCACAUUCUUAGCUCGACUCAUGGCCACGUACUACUGGUCCCUGGAGCUGACGGACAUGCACAUGAUUAAAAACAUGAUGAUGCGCGAGUGCAGCCCUGCCUUGCGCGUCGGCGUGCUCCAGGGUGUGUUCACUGAAGGAGUGUGUGCGCUGACCUUCCACCUGCUCUACCUGAACCUGCAGCGCAAGGCUGCACUGCUCAGGGUGCCUUUUGUCGCAGCCACACUUGCAUUUCUGUCCUAUGCAGCCAGCGGCUACACCUCUGGGUUUAUAAACCCCUCGCUGGCCUAUGCCCUUACCUUCCACUGCCCUGGGUAUACCCUGUUUCAAUACAUGACUGUGUACUGGCUUGGGCCACUUGCUGGAAUGAUUCUGGCGCUGUUCCUGUACCUGGGUAAUAUCCCUCGCAUUUUCACCCGCAACCUGCUCUACUCCCAGAAAACCCGCUUCAGGGUGCCAAAGGGAAAGAGCUCACAGGACCAGGCAGAGAAGACUGUGAAACCACAGGGGGAUAAGAAGAGUGACUGA